AUGUCUGCUGUCGCGGAGCCAGAGACAAAAGCAGGACAUCUGCCAGCAGAGCGCGUAGGAGGACGAAGGGUUGUCACCAAGAAGGACCGUCGCCAGUCGGAGACGGAACGAACUUCUUCGGAGAGUUCUGAAGAAAGUCGCGAAGUGGUAGAACGUGAUAACACGUUACCUGCACAGAUGGAAAAGUCAUAUCCGACGAGUGGGGUUAGACACUCGCAUGACAAACCUCAACCGACUCAUCAAGCUCACUACGCUCAUCCUCCGUCUCACGCCAGUGGUCAUGUCUUUCAACCGAGGAAGAACUGCUAG